AUGUACGAUAAAAAGGACUUCAAGAAAUUGACAGAAAUAUUGAAAUCUAACAAAAAAACACUGAACUCAUUGAAAAAUCACUGGAAGCAGGAGCAGUCUGCACUCAAUAUACCAAGAAGUAAUCAGUGUGAUGAACGUGCACUCAAAGUUAUACAGGAACUGUACAUUGUUGUGGGGGAGUACGAGGUGCAGGUGUAUGACCAACUGGUGAUGUCUGGCAACACUGCCGUGCUGAGGUGCGCCGUACCUUCUUACGUGAGGGAGCACGUGACUGUUACUUCCUGGCUGCACGACAACACCUUCAACAUUUACCCUUCUCUGCACGGUGAUGGCAAGUAUCACAUGACUAGCGAGGGAGAGCUUCACGUGCUGGAAGUUGGUCCUCAAGAUGGUCUCUCCAAGUUCCAGUGUCGCACCCUGCACCAGCUGACUGGCAGUAGCCAGCUGUCCCGCACCCCAGCUAGAAUCAUUAUCACAGAGGCACAAGGGUCAGUGCCACCAAGGAUGAGUGAGCGAACAAGUCGUGUGGUAGUGCCAGCUGGUGCCAGAGUGACCCUUCCUUGUGUGGCCCAGGGCCACCCUCCUCCCCACUACAUGUGGUACAAGGGGUCACGUGCACUAGGUGGCAGCAGUGGGAUGUGGAUGGUGGGCGGGUCACUAGUACUGGGGCGUGUGGGCGUGGAUGACUCUGCCCAGUACACCUGUGUGGCCAAUAACACAGCUGGUGAGACCAGGUACUCUGCCCACCUGCUAGUCACUCUUCCAAUCUCUGUCCAGGUGACGCCGCGGGAGGUGCAGGUAGACGCUGGGGGUCGACUGGAGCUGAGGUGUCACGUCUCAGGUGAACCUGUCGACACCGUCACCUGGUAUAAGGACGGCACCGUGCUCAGGUGA